AUGGCGGCCUCAGGGGAGCAGACGGCCUUGGGGCAGCUGGGCCAGGAGGCCACCUGCCCACUCUGCCUGGACUUCUUUGAGCAGCCGAUGGUCCUGUCCUGCGGGCACAACUUCUGCCACCAUUGCCUGGCCCAGCUGGGCACUAGGUUUUCCUGCCCCCAGUGCAGAGCCCCGGUGAACUCCAGCAGCGCCUGCCCCAACCGUGCCCUGGCUAACAUCGUCUGCCGUUUGAAGGGGCUCCGGACGUCACAGGGAGCCCAGGAGGAGAGCAAUGGCCGCCGGCUGUGCCAGGAACACGGGCAGCCCCUGCAGAGCUUCUGCUCCAGCGAGAAGAGACUCCUCUGCCCUGGCUGCCUGGGGGGGCACCAGGGCCACCCCCUCCUCCCUCUGCCUGAGGCUGCCCAGGAGUACAAGAACCUGCUGCGUGGCCUCCUGGAGCCCCUGAGGAAGGAGGGGCAGAAGCUGCUGGAGCAGAGGGAGGAAGAAGAGCAGAGACGGCAGGAGAUCCAGGAGCAAUUUGCUGCUGAGAAGGAGAAGGUGGGCCUGACGCUGGAGUCCCUGCAGGAGUUGCUCCGAGAGAGGCAGCCGAUCUGGCUGGCCUGGCUGGCUGAGCAGGAGGAGAAGAUGGAGGCCAAGUGCGGGGUCACCCUGGCCCAGCUCUCCGGGGAGACCUCCCGCCUGCAGCAGCUGAUUGCCCAGACGGAGAGGAAAUCCCGCCAGCCGGACGUGGAAUUCUUGCAGGAGAUCCAGGACACCGUAGAGAGGUGCCAGAGUUACGUGGUGGGGCGCGUAGAAAGGGUCUCUCCCAGGCGGCAAGGCAGACACAGCACCAUCUUGGAGAAAAACGCUUCUGUAAGGCAGAUUGUGGACCGUAAAAAAGGCUCCCUGCAGAAGACUCUGACCAGGAAGAACCUGGAGCAACUUCUGGCCACGGUUGGCCGCAAGUUGAAUGAAUCAACCGCCCAUCCCCGGCUCCACUGCAAUUGGUCAAGUGUGUUUUGGGCCAGGAAAUACCAGGGAUGCCCAGAGACGCCAGAGAGGUUCGACCGGGAAUUGUGCGUCCUGGGCUGUGAGGGAUUCACCACAGGAUGGACGUGGUGGGAAGUGUCCGUGGAGGAGGCAGACUGUGUCCCUGUGGGGGGCAGAGACUGCUGGGCCAUCGGGGUGGCCAAGGAGUCUGUCCGCAGGAAGGGGAGCUUCCAGCUGAGCCCCCAGGAGGGAAUCUGGGCCGUGGGGAAGUGGGGUGGGGGGCAGAUGAUCGCUUUCCCCAAGGAUCAGAAGAAGGUGAUCUUGCAAAGGGCGCCGCAGAGGCUGCGGGUGAGGCUGGGCUACGAGGCAGAAACGGUGGAGUUCCUGGAUGCAGAGACGGAAAUUUCCCUCUACACCUUCCGGACGGGGCCCUUCCUUGGGGAGACGCUCCGGCCUUUUUUCUAUGUGGGCCAUAAGGGGGUCUUCCUUAGACUCUUGUGA